AAACCCAGAAGAAAUUGCAGAGUGGAAAUUCUCUCUACAGGUUCUCUGUGAAGAACCCUUAAAGAACCGGGCUUUUGUUUGGAGAGUGCUCAAGGUGGCAGCAAUGCACAUUGUCGUCUUCAAUCUGUCAUAAAACCGUCGACAGAACGCGGCAAAGAUCGCCAGUUAAGGUAGAACCAGUGCUCCGGCGGAGAACAGGCGCCUGUCGCCAGCUUGCUGACCGUGAAGAUGGUUGUCGGUGGAAAUGUCUUCGCCCUGAACACUUUCUGGAUAGAGACGUCUUACAAAAACGCUUUAGACAUCAUGACCGAGGCCCUGCGCGACGAGGAGCUGCGGCCCGUGCCGAAGGAGAGGGCCAUCCUGGAGAGCUUCUUCACGCAGCUCGGCAUGUUCUCGUUCGACCGGGCGAAGGACUACGUGGAGAAGGAGAAGGACAGCAGCAAGAGCGCCGGCGCUAUCUGGGCCUCGCUGCUGGCCGCGCUCGCCCACCUGGCCGCGGCGGAAAAAGCCUACCACAACAUGACUUUCCUCGGGCAAAAACUGGGUGGUCAGUCGUUCUUCAGCAGGAAGGAUUCCAUUAGGACAAUUUACACAUCCUUACACAACGAGCUGAAGAAGGUAGUAUCUAUGGGCCGUCACCCCCCCGGGGGCUCCAGCCCUUACCUGGAAGAGCUGCUCUCCCAUCUGUCUGAGCAGCUGUGCCACUUCACGCAGGCCAGGAUGGAGAUUGCCGACCUAUAUGAGAAGAUGCACUCACUCAGCAGCCAGAAAACGGUCAACUCUGAGGAGCUGGUGAGCACGUUGGAGAGUAUCAUGCAGAAAUACAGUUCCAGGUUCCACCACCCUAUCCUGAGUCGACUGGAGGGCAGUUUCCAGGUGGAGGUGGAUGUCCUGACACAGCUCCUGCGCUGCCAGGCCCAGAUCUCCGAGUGGCACUUCCUGCCUUCGCUGCUUAACCUGCACGGUGCCCACUCCAAGCUGCAGGCGUGGGGCCAGGCCUUCGAGCGCCAGCGUGAGACCCGCAAGCACCUGUUCGGCGGCCAGUCGCAGCGGGCUGCACAACCGCCACACCUCUACUUGUGGCUGCAGCGUUUGCAGGGGGCUCUGCUGGCCAAGUUCACCUUCUACUUCCAUGAGGCGCUGAGCCGGCAGGCGCCACCGGCUGAGAUGAAGGCCCUGACGGCCCGCACCUCACCCGACUAUUUCGGCAAAUUGUCCGCCUUCAUCCGCAAGCAUGACGCCUCCAACGUCUCGCUGGUCUUCGACAACCGAGGCUCAGAGAGCUUCCAGGGCCAUGGGUACCAUCACCCACACUCGUACCGUGAUGCGCCCAAAGGAAUGGACCAGUUCCCAGCUGUGGUGUCUCUUCCCGGGGGUGAGAGGCCACUCACUCACUGGCCCAACGUCAUCAUGAUCAUGAGUGAUCGUGCAUCUGAGCUCAACUCACUGGACAAGGUCAUGCACUUUUACGACGACAAAGUCCAGAGCACGUAUUUCCUGGCCCGUCCCGAGCCCCACUUCACUUUGGUGGUGAUCUUUGAUGGGAGGAAGUCGGAGAAGGACUCGCACGUGGUGGCCUUCCUGCAGGAGAUUUCCACGUCUCUGAGGAACUCCAAACCCUUCAGUACGCUCAAGCCAGGCUCCAAAGGGGGUUCUGCUGGCCAGGCUCAGCUUCUGCUUCCAGGAAGACCAUCCUACAUCUAAACGACUUAAAACAGUGCUUAGCCAAAGCGAUCCCUCAGCAAGCAUGCGUUGAUUAGUUAUUAAUUCCUUUAUGGAAUUAUUUGGUUAUGUCUCUCAAGGCCCACUAACAGCAUUUCCUUAAAUGUUUUUCAGUCGCUCUUUGAGUCCUAAUGCUGCUGAAACGGUUUUUAUAUUUAAACUUUUUUUUUAAUCUCAGUGAAACGCCAGAGGUCCAGUAAAUGUGCUAAUAAUUUAGCUUCGUACUGUGAACUUUAGCGACCAAUCGUCAUCAGACCAAAGUAGCUUUUUUUGCCUGAAGUUGGCCUUUUUACUAGACUUUUGAAACUCAUUUUGUCCUUUUUUCUGGUCUUGCUGGGGUUGAGUAUUGAAAGUCCUGCUGCUGUGAAGGCUUUGCCUUAAUUUUUUAUUUGCAGAGCACAAAACAUUUUAACAGCCGAGCAUUUGAUUUUAGGAUUCUUUCUUAUUUGUGCUCUGCAAUUAUUUACUAAAAUAAAGGUUAUUUAAAAUGUUUGAAUACAAUGUUGCAGUUACUCCAUGUGCUUGAGUUGAACAACUUCAAACCUUUGAAGAAAGGCAAAGAAAAACAAAAAUUAAGACGUCCAGCUAUACUUGGGCAGGUGGGGGGGUAAAUGAGUCAGUGGGUCAGUCAAACUGUUGGUCUGUCGGUCGAGCUGUCAGUCAGUUGAUUUGUUGUUUGGUCAGUCGAUCAGUCACACUGUCUGUUGAUUUAGUCAAACUGUUGGUUGGUCGGUUGGUCAAACAUGUUCUGUUGGUUGGUCGGUCUGUCGUUUGGUCGGUCGAUUGUUCGGUCUUUCGAUCAGUCAAAUUGUCGAUCAGCCAGCCAGUCAGUCGCCCAAACUGUCUGUUAGUUGAUUGGUCAAACUGUUUGUCAAUCAAACUGUCACUGGUUGGUUGGUGACAGUAAUGUUUAGUUCUAGUAACUUAAACCUCCAGCCAGGAAUAUGUGCCACAACCACCCCUGGACUGGCAUCAGCUUAUAAACUGUUCUAUCAAACGGAAGUGAUUAAAAAGAGUUGCUGAAUUUUCUACCCUCUUCUUCAGUAGGCUGUAUUUAAGAUGUAAAGUUAAUAAUUUAGCCUGUCCAAAAAAUUCUGUGCAUGCCAAAGUAACGUGGCACCAAUUCCAUUCUGACAGGGACAUGGAAGUGUGGCUCCUGACAUUUUUAGCAGGAUAUACAUGACGACAAACUGGCAUUGCAUACUAUGCAUGCUUGUUCUUUUCUUUCAUUUGAAUUGUUUAGAGCAGGGGUGUCCAGUCUUACCCGCAAAGGGCCAGUGUGGAUGCUGGAUUUCAAUCCAACAAAGCAGGAGGUCAGAUGAUCAGGUGUUUGAGGCCUGAGAGGAACUGAUUUGAACUAACAGAGUCAGAUGUGCUUCAGCUUGUUUGGAGUACAAACCUGCAGCCACACCCUUGGUUUAUAGAGAGACAACAUGCAGCUGUACACUGCUGAUGCUGCUGUCUCUGCUCUCGAUUAGUGGACAAACUUUAUGCAGAUGAGUCGAGCAUCAGGUUGGUAAGAGGUGGGAAACUGCUCGUCACUCCCAAAGUCAAGAUAGCAUGUAUCUGACAAUGGUGGAUAAAACUGAUGGAAGUGGGAGAAUUAUGUUAGUUGAAAAUUCAAGUUUUUAAAAUAAUUUAAAGUUUUGUUCUUUUAUUAUUAUUAUUUUUAUUUUUGAAUCCUGAAUUCUGGGAAUGCUGCAGCCCCCUCAGCACACCCAUUAACCGUUUCCCUGCAUUCUAAAACCCUGUAUGAUAAAAAUAUCACGCAGUAAAACUACAGCUGGCUCUGGGGCCACUGGAGAUUCAUCCUACUUCAGCUUGGUAAUGCAUAUUUAAAAUAGCUGCCAGCUCCAAGAGGCAUUGAUUCCAAAAAUGGCUUAAAAUGACUUUAAGACUGUGCUAAUGAACACAUGCGGCUAACCUAAUGAUUAUUGCAGUUCGUUUUAGGGAGCAAGUAGCAAAACCAUUAAUAGCUGGAAUAAUUAGCUUUACUGUGCUUAGAGAGUGACUGGGGUGUUUGAAAAUCAACGGAAAGAUCAGUGCCAAAUUGGGAAUGACUAAUAAACAGUUAUCCGAGAAUAACCAAGUAUUUUUGGGAUAGAAAAGGUUAAAAAAUGCCUUCAAGAUUGCAGACAAUUUGCUAUGUUUCUGCAUUAAACAAUACACUCGCUAGUAUUUCACUUUUCUUUACAUGAUUUGAUGUCACUUGUCCCUUAUAUUGUGUCAAAAAGGCGUAAAAUAAACAGUUCAAACUUUU